CCGCGCCUGCGAGGCGGGAAGCGAGCCGGCAGAGAGAGAGCGAGAGAGCAGAGCAGCAGCGGAAAGAUGGCCGCCGCGGCUGUGGCUGAGUUUCAGAGAGCGCAGUCUCUUCUCGGGACAGACCGGGAUGCCUCCAUCGAUAUCUUACACUCUAUAGUGAAGCGGGACAUCCAGGAUAGUGAUGAGGAGGCGGUGCGUGUGAAGGAGCAGAGCAUCCUGGAGCUCGGUGGUCUGCUGGCAAAGACGGGACAAGCUGCAGAGCUUGGCGGCCUGCUGAAGUAUGUCCGGCCCUUCCUCAACUCCAUCUCCAAGGCCAAGGCAGCCCGGCUGGUCCGCUCCCUCCUGGACUUGUUCCUGGACAUGGAAGCUGCCACCGGCCAGGAGGUCGACCUCUGCCUGGAAUGCAUCGAGUGGGCCAAGGCCGAGAAGAGGACCUUCCUCCGACAGGCCCUGGAGGCUCGACUUAUAUCACUGUAUUUUGACACAAAGUGCUACACGGAGGCACUACAACUUGGCUCCCAGCUGCUGCAGGAGCUGAAGAAGAUGGAUGAUAAAGCCCUGCUGGUGGAGGUGCAGCUGCUGGAGAGUAAGACCUACCAUGCUCUCAGUAACCUGCCCAAGGCCCGGGCUGCUCUCACUUCUGCCAGGACGACUGCCAACGCAAUCUACUGCCCCCCCAAACUACAAGCAGCUUUAGACAUGCAGUCAGGGAUCAUUCAUGCAGCAGAGGAGAAGGACUGGAAAACGGCGUACUCCUACUUCUACGAAGCCUUUGAGGGCUACGACUCCAUCGACAGCCCCCGAGCUAUCACAGCGCUUAAAUACAUGCUGCUGUGCAAAAUCAUGCUCAAUCUGCCAGACGAUGUUCAGGCUCUCACCAGCGGCAAGCUAGCGCUGCGGUAUGCAGGCAGACAGACGGACUCUCUGAAAUGCGUUGCACAAGCCAGCAAGAACCGGUCACUGGCAGACUUUGAGAAGGCUUUAACGGAGUACAAAGCGGAGCUGAGGGAUGACCCCAUCAUCAGCACCCACCUGACCAAGCUGUACGACAACCUGCUGGAGCAGAACCUGAUCAGGGUCAUCGAGCCGUUCUCCAGGGUCCAGAUUGCACACAUCUCCUCCCUCAUCAAACUCCCUAAAGGAGACGUGGAGAGGAAAUUAUCCCAGAUGAUCCUGGAUGAGAAGUUUCAUGGUAUUUUGGACCAAGGUGAAGGUGUUAUGAUCGUCUUUGACGAGCCGGUGGUGGACAAGACGUACGAAGCCGCGCUGGAGACCAUCCAGAACAUGAGUAAAGUGGUCGACUCGCUUUACAACAAAGCAAAGAAACUCACAUAAG